UAUGAUGGAACGCCUCUUGGAUCAUCUUUAAUUGGAGAUCUGUGCAGAACACGUACAAGAGAGUUCAUCUCCUCAUCAAACAGCAUCAGCAUUGUCUAUUCGCGGGCCAACAGAGAGGCAGGCUUAGAAUUUUAUGCAACAUACUAUUCUACUGUUAACGACAACCAAAAUGUUAGUCUGUCGUGCUAUUCUGAAUACAUGAAAGCUCGAAUCUCACUUAGCUAUCUUCAAACGCUGGAAUAUUCUUCAGAUAAUAUAUUUUUGAAUGACCCGCAGUGUCGCCCUCAAGUUGUAUCAGGUUGGGCAGAGUUUCUCAUACCUUAUGGGAGAUGUCUGACAGUAAAACAGGUCGAAAAUGACACAAUAACUUACACAAAUACCCUGUUCACCGGUUCAGCCGACACAAUUGUUGUUUACAGAAAAAAACUAGAUCUAACUCUUAAAUGCCGGAUGUACCAAGAUACUGUAGUUGAAGGCAUAUACUCUGCAGAUGACAUCAUAAAGAAUACGUUUAUCCAAUACGGCCUCUUUUCUGCUAAUUUGAUAUUCUUCCAGUCCUCGAAUUACAUAUAUUCAGUGAAUCAGUAUCCAUACUAUGUGGCUCGUAAUCAGCAUUUAUACCUGCAAGCAGCUUUACUCACAUCUGAACCUGACCUGGCCGUAUUUCUAGAUACUUGUGUGGCAUCACCUGAUGAAUUUGACUUCACAAGAAAUGUUUAUUAUAUCGUUCGCAAUGGGUGUGGCAGAGUUCCUGAUUAUAGAACCUACCCGUCCACAUCAAAUCACAUAGUCGCAUUGGAUUCAAUGCCUUCAGCUUUUUAA